AUGUCCUCCCAAAUCUUACCUCACGGCAUCUACCGAAGAGACUCGAACGAACUGCAAGAAAGACCAUUAGAAAUAGACACGGAGUCCAACCCUGACCGCAGCAGAUCCAACAGUCCAAAAAACAUGAAGUUCUACAACACAGAAGACAAGACUAUUCUGAAUCAAGGGAAAAAGUCCUUCUGUAUAGAUGCUUUACUAUCCAGACAACUGCCAGAGAGUAGCUUACAAGAUAAAAUAUCUCAACAAAAAUACCUAACUAUUAUACACAACAAAAACUAUAUAGGAAGAUACCAAGAAAACUAUGAUGCCCAAAUUGAGCAGAAUAUGAUUUCUAAAUGCGAAGGUAGAGAGAGUCCCAGGUCUGGCAGAUCUGGACAGAGGAGUCCGAGGUCUGGACAGAGUAGUCGUUCGGCGAGUCCAGGAUCAGAUGAUGGUAAUCGAUCUGGGAGUUACAGUCCUCCAAUCUCGCCGGGUGUUGAAGGCGGGAAUGAAGAAUUUGAAAGCUAUAGACCUGGAAUUAUACCAAAACCAGGCCUUCUACCUCAAAACCCCGCUCUCGUAGCUGCGCAAUCAGCAGCCCUCUUCAACUAUCCAAUGUCUCAACCCGGAGGAAUGCCUCCGGGGGCUCCGAUGCCUUCAGCCUUCCACCACCCUGGAGACAGGGUAUUGCAUCAUAUGCAGCUCGAGUGGCUGGCCAGGACUGGAAUGUUUUAUCACAGGAUACCGGAAUUGGGAGGAGCCCCACACGCACUCCUCGGCAAGACCAGAAGACCUCGAACUGCCUUCACGUCUCAGCAACUUUUAGAGCUGGAAAAACAAUUCAGGAUGAACAAAUACCUCUCCAGACCAAAGAGGUUUGAAGUCGCAACCAGCUUGAUGCUGACUGAGACACAGGUAAAAAUAUGGUUCCAAAACAGAAGGAUGAAGUGGAAACGAUCAAAAAAGGCGCAACAAGACUCCAAAAGCAAGGACGCACAAGCAGAGGAGAAAAAACCAAAAGAAAUACCGAACGAACAGGAAAAGCAAACUCAAAUGGCAGGUGACUUGACAGCUGUCAAACCGUUGUUGGACAGGGAUAGAAUCAUUGCGUUAGAAAGAGAAAGGGCAAUGGCUGCAGCUAAUUUUAAUUCAAAUAUGGAAAACAGACGCGGCUUAGUCGUUAUGAACCAAGGUGGCGGUCGGCCCUUGGAUAUGUUUAGACCGUAUGUGGUAUGA